UCUCAGUCUCUUAUUUUUUGCUGUUUUUCGGCUCGACUCCAGCAACACACAAACCAAGCAUGAUGGACACGAGCGAGACCUCAACCAGUGCGCCAGCGACUGCUGCGUCGUCGGCCAAAGCGGUCGAGCUGUCGCCGUUCAACUACAUUGUGACUGCGCAUCCGCCGUCCGUCGUGACGCACGUCGUCACUGGCAACUUUACUGCGCCGCACGAGCGCAACCUGAUCAUUGCGAAGUCGACGCGCAUUGAAAUCCACACCAUUGCCGCAGACGGCAUCCACGGACUGCUCGAUGCCGGCAUGUACGGCCGAAUCGCCAUCAUGCAGCUGUUCCGACCACCGAAUGCACAACAAGAUUUACUCUUCAUUUGCACCGAGCGAUAUGCAUUCACCGUUCUGGCAUACGAUGCGCAAACGGGCGAGCUUGUUACAAAAGCAAACGGCGAUCUUCAGGACAAGAGUGGAAACCCUGCUGAUCUCGGGCCCAUUGGAGUCAUUGAUCCAGACUGUCGUCUCAUUGGCCUGCGUCUCUACAAUGGCAUGUUCAAAGUCAUUCCGAUCGACCCUCACGGCCAAUUCAAGGACGCCUUCAACAUUCGGCUGGAAGAGCUCCAAGUUUUCGACAUUAAGUUUCUGCGCGGCUACGAUCGCCCAACAAUCCUCGUGCUGUAUCAGGACACCAAGGAGACGCGCCAUGUGAAGACAUACCAGGUGUUGUUGAAGGAAAAGGAGUUUGCCGAAGGACCCUGGGCUCAAAACAACGUUGAGGGAGGCGCUUCUUUGCUCAUCCCAGUUCUCAUGCCUUUGGGAGGCGUGUUGAUUGUUGGCGAGCAAACCAUCACGUACCACUCUGGUAGCGCCUUCCGCUCUGUGGCCAUGCGUCCUGCCAUCAUCAAGUGCUACUCGGUGAUUGACACCAACAGGUUUUUGCUUGCCGACUCUGAGGGCAAUCUCCUCUCAGUGCUUCUGACGCACGACCGGCAAGACAAAGUCACAGCCAUCAAGAUUGACCGUUUGGGUGUCACCUCCAUUCUUUCGUGCUUGACUUACCUUGACAAUGGCGUGGUAUUUGGUGGCUCUCAAUUUGGCGACUCUCAAUUGCUGCGUCUUGCCACUGAGCGCGACGAGACCGGGUCGUUUGUUCGGGUUUUGGAGUCGUUCAGCAAUCUUGGCCCGAUUUGUGACAUGGCUGUCGUGGAUCUCGAGAGGCAAGGCCAGUGCCAGGUCGUUACGUGCUCUGGUGCCUUCAAGGACGGCUCGCUCCGUGUUGUGCGAAACGGCGUUGGUAUUGAAGAGCAGGCCACCAUUGAGCUGCCCGGCAUCAAGGGCAUUUGGUCUUUGAAGCCGACGGAAGCUGCACUCUAUCGUUCGAUUCUUGUCGUGUCAUUCAUUGGAGAAACGCGCUUGCUCGGCAUGUCGUCAGGCGAGGAACUCGAGGAGAUGCAAAUCCCAGGCCUCGACCAAAACAGCCAAACCUUGCACUGUGCCAAUGUCAGCGGUGACCAAUUUUUGCAAGUCACGGCCACUGAGGUGCGUCUGGUGAACUGCUCCACUCAGGCGCUCGUUGCGAGCUGGUCCCCUGCCAGCGUCCCGGAUAGGUACGCCCCCGGCACGCGCAUUACCAUGGCGAGCAGCAACGACUUUCAAGUGCUGGUAGCUUGCGGAGGCGGCCAUCUCGUGUGCCUCUCUGUCGAAGCUUCCGGCAACCUUGUGCCAAUCGGCCACGCUCGAAUGGACCACGAAAUUGCUUGUGUCGACAUUACACCCAUCGGUGGUCAACCUCUGUCGCAAGUCUGUGCCGUGGGCUUGUGGACGGACAUUACAGUCCGCGUGCUCAGCGUUCCCACCCUGGAGCAAGUGCUCGUGCAACCCCUCGAAGGCCAGAUCAUCCCGCGCUCCAUUCUUAUGGCCACGUUCGAAGGUCAACCCCGCCUGUUGUGCGCGCUCGGUGAUGGCAGCAUGCACACCUACUCGUUCGAUGUGCUAUCGCAGCAGCUGACCGACCACAAGCGUGUUUCCCUCGGGACGCAGCCCAUUUUGCUCUCUGCGUUUGUUUCGCGUGGGCAAACCCACGUUUUCGCGUGCUCCGACCGACCCACCGUCAUCUACUCGAGCAAUCGCAAGCUGCUGUACUCGAAUGUGAAUCUGCGCGAAGUGACGCACGUCUGCCCAUUCACCUCUGAAAGCUUUGCCGACUGUCUCGCGGUCGUGUCGAGCACCUCUCUCACCAUUGGAACCAUUGAUGAAAUCCAAAAGUUGCACGUCCGCGCCAUUCCGCUUGGCGAAAUGCCUCGGCGCAUUGCGUACCACGAGCCCACUCGCACCUACGGUGUCGCCACCGUGACCCUUGCUGAGCCGCUUCCUGUUGGCUCCAAUUCUGGCAACGUCGCCGCCCGCGCGCAAAACGUGCGUCCGAUGGCUUUUGAUGAUGGGCCCCGUAGUCCGUCGGAUGUCUUGGAGGACACCAGCUUUGUCCGCUUGUUUGACGGGCAGACGUUUGAAAUCCGCGACUCGUUCCAGCUUCCUUCGACGGAAACCAUCAUGAGCUUCAUCUCGUGCUCGUUUGCCAACGACUCGUCGGACUCGACCGUCUACCUUGUAGUUGGCACGGCGUUUGUCAUUCCGUCCGAAGACGAGCCCAAACGCGGCCGCAUCCUCGUGUUUGACGUGGCGGGGGGCGCGCUGCACCUUGUUACCGCCAAGGAUGUCAAAGGUUGUGUGUACUCGCUGAAUGCGUUCAACGGCAAACUGCUCGCAGGCAUCAACAGCAAGGUCAACUUGUUCAAGUGGAAUCUCACUGGCGACGGCAUCCGUGAGCUUGUCUCCGAGUGCAGUCAUCAUGGCCACAUUCUCACACUGUACCUCAAGUCUCGCGGUGAUUUCAUCAUUGUCGGUGAUCUGAUGCGAUCGAUUUCGCUUCUGAUGUACAAGUCUGGCACGAGCUCGAUUGAAGAGAUUGCGCAAGACACGUGUCCAAAUUGGGUGACUGCGGUGGACAUGCUCGACGACGACGUCUUCAUUGGUGGCGAGUCGUCCUUUAACAUUUUCACGUGCCGCCGAAACUUGGAAGCGUCCACCGACGAGGAGCGCAAGCGCCUCGAGGUUGUGGGCGAGUUUCACGUGGGCGAGUUUAUCAACCAAUUCCGCGCUGGCUCGCUUGUCAUGAAGCUCCCUGACGAGCAGGAGCAGCCAAUCCAACCGUCCACGCUUUUUGGCACAGGCAACGGAGUCAUUGGCGUCAUUGCUCGGCUGACCCGUUCUCAGUACGAGUUCCUUCAACUCGUUCAGGCUGCCAUGGCCAAAGUGAUCAAGGGAGUUGGAGGCCUGAACCAUAGCGCGUGGCGUUCGUUCUGCAACGAGCGGCGCCUGACGGAAGCAAAAGGAUUCAUUGAUGGCGAUUUGAUUGAAUGUUUCUUGGACCUCCCACGCGACAAGAUGCAAGUGGUUGUCACAGGCCUCGUUCGAGACGGCCAACCCGUCAGUGUGGAUGAUCUUCUCAAGUACGUGGAAGAGCUUGCUCGGAUUCAUUGAGCAGUUCGUGGUUUUUGCUUUGUUAACUCUCGAUCAAAUCCAAAAAUGCAACAUGUGCGAGCUCCCUGUUUUUGAUUUCAAAUAAACAAUUCAACAAUCA